AUGAAUUUGAAGUCUCCAUGUCUUAACUACGCCCGUCUCGAAACGACGGAUAUUGCGGGCCAGACCCUAAUGAAGGUUUUCGGCGCAGUCGAAGAUAGAGAAGAAGAUGACCUAAAAUUCAAUUUGAAGACCUUAUUCAUUAUGGGCGCGUUCUACCGUGUUUUCCCGCUGGCAAGGCCUCGGUCUCAUGAAUUGAACCGCGCUCCGGCCAAGCCAAGCCUUGGGUGCAUCGCCAAGAAUGGGGUUUGCAAUACUACAGGAGGGGAGACUAGAGUUGCUAGGGAUAAGACUCGGCCCAUGAUUCCUCCAGGGAUACGGUUGAGGCCUGCUCCCUCCCUCGCUGACUUCCCUCGACUGGAAAGCAUUAAAGGACAAGGGCACGACGGACCGCAAAUUCACCAACCCCCGCCCGACGACGUGGACCGCUGGCUCGGCGGGCCGUUUACGCACGUCCUCGAGGACGCCGCGCAGGCCAACUGCUUCUGCAUCGAGGCCCGCGCCAACUUUGACGCCUGCGACCGGUGCCUCCUCGCCGCACCCCUCACGGGCCAGUCGACCGAGGACGAGAGCGGUAGCCUGGCGAUCUACAUGGACGACUGCGUCAACAUGGGCUACUACGCGAACCAGACCCUCGCGUACCCUUCCACCACCCGCUCCGCCGACGAGGGUGGCGCCGACGAUAACUGCGAGAACCUGUGCGGCGUCGCCAACGGCCAAAUCGUCGAGUGCGGCCUCGCGCCCCUCGACGUGCCCGAGGAGGACCGCCCGCGCACGCAGACCGUCCCGUCGCCCGACCGUACGUACCUGGGCUGGGUGCUGUUGAACCGCACGGUCGCCGAGUGCGUGUGCACGAGCCCGUUCUUGCGGCGUAUUCUCGGUUGCGAGCUAUGCCUUGUGGAGAAGGAGAGGAGGGACUUGGCGUUGGUCGGGCACCAUCACCGGUUCGACUGCCACCAGUUGGGGUAUUAUAGUGAUGCGCAGUAUUUGCUGCCGGGUCCUGAGGAUGUUGGUGGUGGUGGUGUAUCUGGCGGUGGCUCGGGGGCUCGUCGACGGGUGACGAUGAGUCUGGAGCUAGAAUUCGUUUUGUUUUGGUAA